AGGAAGGUGAGCACUGCUGGGAAAAAGGGAUAUGGGAUAAUAACAGAAUGGGAGCUUUUUGAUGUUAUUUCUAAAAAUGAAAUAAUUAAGCCUAAAAGGCCUUUCCUGUGGUAGCCCGCUCACUCCGUGUUUUCACUUGGUGUCAAAGAGACUACAAGCUACCACACCGAAUGCAAUCAGUGUGGCAUCUGGGACUCCAUAAGAGGCCACUGUUUCUCUAACUUCAGCUAACCAGUGCACUUCCUGUAACUGGCUUUGGAUUAAUUAUCAAAGCCAAAGGAUCUGGUUACCCUCUGGCUUGUUUUAGAAUCACUCUCCCUUUCACUCCCGGCUAGCAGAAGUGUCCCAUGCUGCACUGAGAUCAUUCCAGCAUUGAAAAAAAACUUUCUCUUUUGACAAAUACAACCAGAGAGAUCAUGGGGUUAGCUACAACUCUUUGAAGAAACUUGUAUAUCAUUUUGCAAUUGAUGAUUCCUAAUUUGCUUGAUAUAUGUACUUUUUACACCUUUUCUUUGACAAAUCAACCAAGAUUGAGUGGUUUUCAAUUGUGGCCUGAAGUGUAGAAGAGAAAGAAUGAGGAAGAACAUCAUUUGAAGAUUUUACAGAAAAAAGAGAUUGGCAUUUUUAGUCUGUUGUGGAGUCCUCUGGAAUAAACAAUCACUGACAUCAGGCAGCUUAACUGAGUGCAUUUUACAUUUCAAGUUUCAGACACAGCCUCAAAGCAAAGAGGAACCUCUCCAAGAACUUGACCAGAUGCAAGCCUGAUCUUUCUCUUUACCUUCCUUCCCCAGAGACAACUAUUAUCAAGAAUCUGGCUCUUGGUGGAACCAUGGGGCCGCCGAGUCACAUCUGCCCACAGCUGCUGGCAUUCGAAUGUCUGGGCACUGAGGUCUGAACCGCUACCCUGGCAAGGACCAGCCCUACCCCCUUGGAGGAAAUGGCUGAGCAGCCCGAGCAACAGCAGAUGAAAACUUCCUUCCUCUUCAUCCAGCUGCAGGCCCCCCCUGCCCGAGCUCUCCCCGCCCUGUCUCCAGCAGCUACUGCCUGGACAGCAGCCCCAGGGGGCCCAGAGGAGGGACACAGUUUCCCAAGUCCCAGGACAGGCUUCUUGGCAGGCCAGGACCUCGGACGCACUGAGGGCUCAGUUGCCCCUCCCUCGAGCCUGCUGCCAAAGGAGAGCCGUGGGACAGAGCAGCCAGCUGCUUUCAGUUGCUCUGCUCAGAAGGAGAAGGAGGGAGAGGAAAAGCCUCAGGAUCUGGGUGUAUGGAAGGAUAGCAUCUGCGGAUCCCCACGUUGCAGGCUAUCCCUGGCCCCUGCCUCCAGGAAACCUGGCCAGCUCCAGCCCCCAUCAUGCAGACCUCCUAGCCCUGAUGUCAUCAUGAGCAAUGGAAGCAGCAGUCCCUCCACAUGUUGGAAGCAAUGGCCUGUCGUUAUUGUCCCCCAGGACCCAGGGGACACGGACCCUCAGACUUGGAAUGCUUUGGAAUGCUCAAUUCCGCAGGCUGCCCUGGCCCACACUGCUGACCAAGGUGAAAGGGCUGUGCUGAGGAAAGAUGCUGCCACCAGCCCAGUACUUCCGAAGAGCCAUAAAGAGGGCCCAGGUACCCCUGUGCAGGCCAGGAGGGCAAAGCUCUGCAGAUACUGUCCGCCCAUUCAGACCAGCAGGAGCUACCCAGCCCCGCCUACCAAUCUGCCUCUCAAGGCAGAGACAUUUGUUUGGGGUAACAAUGCAUCAGCACAUUCCCAGAGUGUUGCCAAGGCCAAAUAUGAAUUUUUAUUUGGCAGAUCUGAAGAGAAAACUCCAGAUACUAGUGAUCAUGGAGGAAGCACUUUACUCCCACCAAAUGUCACAAAUGAAUUUCCAGAAUAUGGGACCAUGGAGGAAAGUGGAGAAGGCCUGAGAACCUCUCUCGAGUUUGAUGCAGAGUCUCUGCCAUGCUGCCCACAGGGGCAGGAGAGCGUCCAGCUUCUCGCUGGCCCCCACUCCGGUCUCAACAGUGUUACAGCAGGACCAAAAGGCGUUGGAGAGGCCCCCUCUCACAGCCACCUCACGGAGCAACGUUUACAGCCCAUAGACUCUUUGAUUUCAGCUCUGAAAGCUACUGAAGCCAGAAUAGCUUCAGGAACGCUACAGGCUACAACGGUACUGGACAAAGAUGCUGUUUCUAGUUUUCCAGUUCAGCGGCUGGAAAAAGAGUUGGGCACUGCCAGUCAUCAAACACAGAGAGCCAGCAGCACACUAUUCCCUGCUGGCCAAGAAAAACCACCUUAUAUACCUCUCUCAGCUGAAGUUACAGUGGAGGACCAUUUUCAUUUGAGCAUCCAGAAGGAUCUGACAGUGCUGUUAACUGCGGAGACUCAAGCGAAUCCUGGGGGGAAAGGGGCUGUCCGUGUGCAGGAGCCAGCUCGUCCAGCAGCCUCCGCAGGGAGCCCAGCAGCGACCCACAACUCUGUGGGCAGUGUGGGUGUUUUGAGAGAGCGGAGGUCUGAUCUGGGGAGAGAGCACCCGGUGGGAUAUGAUCGACGCAGCUCCACAGGCCGCCCAGGCCGGGUCAAACAUGUGGAAUUUGAAGGGGUGGACAUGCUGUGGACAGGAGGGGAAAAAAGAGAGACACGGCAACCUGUGGAUUUGGAGACAAACUCUACCUCUCCUGAAAGCAAGGGGCUUUCCAAAGUGCCAAGCCACGCCAUCUCCUCUGCUGGUUUGUAUAAUUCAGCUGGUGUCACUGAGAGUGUUGGGAGUGAAGCCUGGAGAGGUCCUUCAGGGAGGCCCGCCUCUAGGUCAGGGACAUUUUCCCCUGUGCCUCUUGUUGAGAGUGGAGAGGAUGAAGUCUUCCUACAGGAAAACAAAGAACACCUUGAGAAGAAGUCUGACCUGGAGAGAGACAAGGAGAGGAUUCUUGAACAGGAGGAGUACCUUACAGGAGGAGAGGAUGAGAUCCUUGGCCCCGGGUACACAGAGGACUCCACGGAUGUGUACAGCUCCCAGUUCGAAACCAUCUUGGACAACACCUCCAUGUACUACAGUGCGGAGUCCUUGGAGACAUUGUACUCGGAGCCCGAGAGCUAUUUCAGCUUUGAGAUGCCCCUCACUCCGAUGAUACAGCAGCGCAUUAAAGAAGGCACUCAGUUCCUGGAGAGGACAGCAGUGGGAGGACAGCAGGACCUCCUGAGCGUCUCAGCAGAUGGCGGAAUAGUGAUGGGCUACUCUUGUGGGAUCGCCAACGGGCUCAGUGAUGCUGGGGACUCCAGCUACGCAAAAGGCGCCCCGGAGAUUGCCUACUGGGGAAGUUCUCACAACCAUGCUCGGGUGAAAACAGCCCUGCUAGAGCCUCAGUCUGAAAUGGGGAACACGGAGAUUCUGGAAAGGGAGCCCUUAGAGAGUCUCAGCAAUGGCACCAGCAGCAACGUGGAAGCUGCCAAAAGGCUGGCCAAACGCCUUUAUCAGCUGGACAGAUUCAAAAGAUCGGAUGUUGCAAAGCACCUAGGCAAGAACAAUGAAUUCAGCAAACUAGUUGCAGAGGAAUAUCUGAAGUUUUUUGAUUUCACGGGAAUGACGCUGGAUCAGUCUCUCAGGUAUUUCUUUAAAGCAUUUUCUCUUGUGGGAGAAACUCAAGAACGAGAGCGAGUUUUAAUACACUUCUCCAGUAGAUAUUUUCAUUGUAACCCGGAUACCAUUGCUUCACAAGACGGAGUGCAUUGCCUCACCUGUGCGAUGAUGCUGCUCAACACGGAUCUGCACGGCCAUAAUAUUGGAAAGAAGAUGACCUGCCAGGAGUUCAUUGCAAAUCUCCAAGGUGUUAAUGAGGGUGCUGAUUUCCCCAAGGAUCUACUGAAAGCUCUGUACAACUCAAUCAAGAAUGAGAAGCUUGAAUGGGCUGCAGAUGAUGAAGAGAAAAAAAAAUCUCCAUCAGAAGGCACUGAUGAGAAGGCUAAUGGAACACAUCCGAAGACCAUCAGCCGCAUUGGGAGUACCACCAACCCAUUCCUGGACAUUCCUCAUGACCCAAAUGCCGCCGUGUACAAAAGUGGGUUCUUGGCUCGGAAAAUUCACGCAGAUAUGGAUGGAAAGAAGACUCCAAGAGGAAAGCGAGGAUGGAAAACCUUUUAUGCUGUACUAAAGGGAACAGUUCUUUACUUGCAAAAGGAUGAAUAUAAGCCGGAGAAGUCACUGUCUGAAGAGGAUUUGAAGAACGCAGUGAGCGUGCACCACGCGCUGGCGUCCAAGGCCACGGACUACGAGAAGAAGCCGAACGUGCUCAAACUGAAAACCGCUGACUGGAGGGUCUUGCUUUUUCAAGCCCAGAGUCCGGAGGAGAUGCAGGGGUGGAUAAGCAAGAUCAACUGUGUGGCAGCUGUGUUUUCUGCACCGCCGUUCCCAGCAGCUAUCGGGUCUCAGAAGAAGUUCAGUCGCCCACUUCUGCCUGCCACUACAACAAAACUGUCUCAGGAGGAACAGCUGAAAUCUCACGAAAGCAAGCUGAAGCAGAUUACCACAGAGCUGGCUGAGCACCGCUCAUAUCCCCCGGACAAGAAAGUGAAGGCCAAGGAGAUAGAUGAGUACAAACUGAAAGAUCACUACCUGGAGUUCGAGCAAACCCGCUACGAAACUUACGUCAGCAUUCUGAAAGAAGGAGGCAAGAAGCUCCUGAGUAACAGUGAGAGUGAGGCCGCGGGACUGAAGAAGUCGCAUUCGAGUCCAUCGCUGAACCCAGAUUCAUCUCCGGUCACUGCCAAAGUCAAGCGUAAUGUGUCAGAGAGGAAAGAUCACCGGCCUGAAACACCCAGCAUUAAGCAGAAAGUUACUUAGAAUCCACCUGUGACCAGGAAAGUGCUGGUCAUGGAUAAAAUAGAGUUUUUCAAGAUCUUUCUGGUAAAUCCGUGAAUAUAUUUAAAAAAAUAGUCUGUGACUAAAUGGUGCAUUAGUAACCUUUUCUAUUGUACAUUUUUUUGUUAGUUUCUGUACAGAUUGUCCCUUUGCUCUUGAUUUCUUUGCUUUGAUGGUUUUUGCGACUUGAUAACUAAUGCACCUUUUCGUGAGGCGGAGGGGAUCAUGAUUUCAGAGGGAAUUAUGUGUCCCUUCUCCUUUGGUUUUCUCUUGUUUGCACUCUGCUCAGUUGUUAUGUAUUCUCAAACCAACUGUUACACUUUUUUUUAAGGUUAAAAAAUUUAAUCCAUUGUGAAACACUUAACUGGACAAACUUUGUAGCUUAGUAAAUUCUAGCCAGAGUUAAUAUAAACCUUUAUAUGUGAGAUCUCAGCCGGUCACAGAGGUAGAGUUGAGCACUCUCAGAAGUUCAAUUCCGAAUGACAGUUCUGGGAAUCAAUGUGGCCCGCGGGCGGUGCGGCCAUGCGUGCAUCUCAUUAGCACUUACUGUUGAGCCCUGACCCUGCUGGCAGCAGGGAGCUGGGAUGAGAAGAUCACGGCCCGCCGGACUGGCCGAAGGAAGCAGCCGUCUUGCUUCAAGCGCGGAGUCCGUUUCAGCCAAGCAGGGAAAGAGAAAGCAGAACCUUUUUGCCAUUGAAGGUUGAGGAAAGAUGACACCGAGUUCGUUUUGUUUUCUAAAGAACUGUGACAACAAUCAGCUCUUGGGAGCUGCAGCGGUAGGCGUGUGUGCGGUCUGUAGAAAUCGUUACCUCACUCCCACGGGGUCUAGACUAGGAAUCCAGAAUCAUCUCCGCUGUCAACACCCUGCUGUCCAGGGAGUUACACAUGCCGAGGCAUGGUUGUAAGAAUAGUGGGGUCUUAAGCAAAACAGUAAGAGAGGAAAACGAAGUUGCAGUUUUCCAACGAUGGAAUACUGACUCUUUAAAAUCAAUCUGAAAGUAAUAAGUAGUCUGAAUGAGUGAUGAUUGGGAAGCUGAGGAAUCUACUGGUUGCAUUUACAGGGUUACUUAGUUCAUUCUUGGUCUUUCUGCUAGCCACUUCUCUCUGCUCCUACUGAACUUUCUCCUAAAAAUAAACACUUUAUUUGAAAUCAUUUCUUUCUAUCUACCCAGAAUAGUUCUAUUGACCUUUAAGUCGUGAGCUUGUUCCAGUGACCAUCCCUUUGAAAUUCAGGGCGAAAAAAAGGACCCUCUCUUGCACAGGAAGAGAUGGGAGCGAGAGUAGAGCCCACUGUGAGUUAGAACCUUCUGGUCACGAAGCCUCGAAACUUUGCGACCCUUAAAACUGUCAUCUCCACAACUGCAGGACUAACGGAAUCGCAUAGAAUACUCUUUUCCUCCCACUGAAGUUUGCUCUAGUUCUACUCAGUUUGUUAGUUAAAGGUACUAUGACCAAAGAACCCAGACUCUGCGUGAAUUGCAUGAUUCCAGUGAAUCAGAGGAGGCCUGCCGUAAACCACGACGGUCUCCAGUGGCUCUUGUUCUGCUGUCCCGGCAUGUAAUUACUGGAUUAUUUAUUCACCUUCACUUCCUUCACCUCUAUCAGUGUUUGUAUUCUGCUGGUGCCCGGAAAGAGGAAACCCCUCUCCAAGGCUGUAGCUGCUUGUUCUCAGAUGAGGAUUUUGCCACACCUCCGAAAAACUCCCUCCAGCCCUCUGUCUCAUUUAGGUAAAGACAGUGACUGCAUUUAUGUCUCAGACAGGACGUUGACCAGUGUGGUGUGUGGACCUGAUUCAUUGUUGUAGCUUCGACUGGAUUCAGGAUGUCCACAAGGGACUUGUCUUCCUCCCUAGGAUCUGAGCAAUCAGCCAGUUUGUUUUCUGCCUCGAUAUCUGUCCUGAGCCGGGGAGAGAGGGGGACCCAGACCCUGUCAUCUCCGAGCUUCGGCCACCGGAGGAAAACAGACAUCCCCGACUGGCUCGAAUGUGUCUGCCCACCGUGUGAGUGUGUCUGUGUGCACAGCACGUCUCUGUGUGUUUCCUUAGAGUACUUGACGAGCGUAGAAUGGUACCGAGCUGCCGUGUGUCUGACGUGCAGAGUGCCGAGGCUCUGAAACACUUGGUUCGCGUCAGCCUGGCAGCCUCAUCCUGGUGAUAUGACUCACUGAUGUUAUCUCCAGGAACUUCUGGACAUGCUAAUGGAGUAUUGGGUGCAAAAGGCACUUUUGAAGCUGCAGUACGCAAACUGUGUUUGCACAGUUUGUCUUUAAAAACAACUGCAAGGUUCUUUGGAGAGCCAGGAUGGCACAUCGUCCUGGCCUGGUGCUGUCCAUCUUUAGGAGCCGGGCUGUGAGCGCCUCCUCCUGGUGGCCUCUGGGUUACUGUCUGUUGUAGGCAUACCUGGCGGGCUGCAGGUUUAUUCUGUAGGAAGAAAUGGCCCCUGGUUCGACUGUACUUUGAAACUCUUGCCCACAGCCAAGCACAUUUUCUUCUGCAGUAAUUUCUUUCCUAUGGUAUCGAGUCAGAAGACAUUGAAGACAUUCCUUUCCCAGCUAAGCCCCGCCUACAGCCCAUUCACGGUACAGGGAGCUAUCCUCCCCCUCCCCCUCCUCCUCCUCCUGUAGGUACUCCCCACCCAGCCCAUGCCUCACCCACUGCUCAGCCUCGGGAGUCUUGGGACUGCUCUUCACGUAAUAAAGCAUUAUCCUCCUUCACAUACAUACACUUGACAUUAGUUUUCAGUCUAGGAAAUCUUGACAGUCAUCAGAACACUUGAGUGAUAGUCUCGUUGCACAGCUCACCAUAGAGGUGGCCCGUGUAUUAAGUCCUUGUUGACUUUGACGGGGAGGUGUCAGGGAUGCAUGGUCAGCAAUCCAAACUUAAUUACUAGCAUACAGAGUCCUUAUUUUAUUGCCAGCCCAUAGAUAUUAAUUGAAGUAUGCUUUUUAAAAAACACAUAGUAUGAACUCUUAGCAAUGCCUAAUUAAGCCAAGCAAUACUUCUGUGCAUUUUAAUUAGUCUCAGUAAGACCAGCGUGUGGGAGAGUCAUCUGGUGGCGCUGCAGUUCCCGGGGAGGAAGCAGCUGUCCAAGAUCCUCUGUGCUUCUCCGACUGCUGCCUUAACUCAGAAGAUGGGGGCUGUUUCCCAGUUCCCAAAAGUGAUGUGAGGGAGUUAAUUCUGCAAGAGGAAAGUUGAUUGGCUUUCUGAGGCCAAGCCAGCUGGAGUUCGUAUUUCACCCUGUGGCCAAAUCUCAGAAUUUCUGAGGCUGGAGAAGAAUCUAGACAACAGCAGGGAAGGAGGCCCUUUGCCGCCUAAGCACAGAGGUAUGGAGUCCCCCGCUGGCCCCCGCCUGCCCCUCCCUCCGUCGGGAGAGAGCCCGGAAGACGCUCGGAGAUGAGACGGGGCCUGAGACAGGAGCUGCACCUCCUCUGCCCUUGUCCCUGAUCGACCUUAAACAAGUUUGUCCACUGUCAAACACCCAAGACUUUCUUGGGUUUAGUGAGUUGCCUUGAAAUUCGAUUCCUUCACCAUUUCUCCUUGUAGCCACCAGUUAAGCUUUUCUAAGCCUGAAUUCACAGGGAGUUCAUCAGCCUUCUUGGUGCAAACCUCUGUCAUUUAGCUCUCGGGGACCCUGUCAAGGUUUCAGCUGGUUGGGAGCCACCUUCCUUCUUUCCGCAGCGAACAAUCCCUUCACUUCUCAAAUGACAGGAUGUUUCCCCGUUGUUGAAUUAGCCCAGUUCACAAAGAACCAGUGUGGCAUCCCAGGACUUGUUAAAAGUAGAGUCUAGCUCUGAGGAGUAGUGUGGUUUGGGGUUUAAGUAGCACCUGCUUUUCUCACAGAGCAUCCGACUUCCUCUGACAAAAAAAGUUAAGUCACCUUUCUAGGCAGGUGAGCCUCUGGGCCGGCCUCGCCCCAGAGCUUCCUGGCUGUCUCUUGCCCCAGGUUAGCCCCUCUUUCCACCAGCCUUUUGCCAUCUUCCACCAUCAAGGCAUCCAGAGGACUUCAGAGAUCAGUAGUUUACGGCAAAAUUCACCCAAAAAAUGCUUCUCCUCUCAGAUUCCUUUUCAAUGUCUCUCUCACAAGGACUGAAGUCCAAAGUCAUUGCCAUUCUCAUGUUAUAGUAUCCAAAGCCCAAGGGGGCGGCCUUCUGCUUAAGACAGUGCAUGCAGAGAGAAUGUCUUCACAGGAAGAAUGUCAGUAAAUACUUGAAUCUGCAUGACAGUUUGUCGACUUGAAUGCAACAGCAAGAAAAUAUUGCAAGUUAAGUAACUGUAUAUAUAGUAGGUUUCCUUCCGUCUCUUUGGCUCAUCUGUGUAAUUCACGUGUGUAUCUCGUAUUUCAGGCCUUUGGAAAAUAUUCAUAUAGGUAGUAUGUCAGACAUCAAAGAAAAUGCUUUCCUGUCUCCUGCCAAUGUUGUAUUUGUGGGUAUUUAUGGUUGUAUGUAUGUAUAUGUAUCAAUGUGUAGAUUGUAUAUCAGUAUAUGGUAUAUGUACAUCAAAUUUAUUUUUGUCCUUAAUAACCAGUGUGAUAUGAAAAGCAAGUAAAAACCUCAUAGGAUUGAAUAUAUAAUGCAGUUAUUGAGAAUAUAUAUAUAGUGGUACUGUUUUAUUAAACUUAAAUUCAAAUGAUAUUUUGAUUAAAUUUUUGUAAUAAUAAGAUUUUAUGCUAGAAAAUUUCAUCUUUGAGCUUUGAAUCACCAGGGCAAAAAUGACUCUGAACUAACUUUGUGAAACUAUUUCAGUGUGCUGUGUACAAUACCGAGGGGGGAGGUAGCUCAUUAUAAUUUGGGAUUACAGAAAGGGGAAAAAAUCAACAAACAAAAACGGCUGUUUUAGCAACUUCAGUAUUAAGAGCACUUAGACAUAAAGCCAAACUGGCAGUGUUGGGCUUCUUACAAAAUGUGAUGCUGUAAAGCACACGUUCUUUAUUGUUGUAAUUAGCCCAGGACAAUGGAGCUCUCAGAAGAACACAAUAAGUACCCACCGUCUUGUUUAUGUGCCUGUGUCUAUUUCGUAGUAGAUCCAACCACGCCCCCUGUGCCACAUCCUUCCUCCUUUACUUUAGAGAAACAGUGCACACGCUAAGGCGUAUCAGGGCUUCCCAGGAUCGGGUACUGUACUCCAGGUUCGCGGUUGCACAGACUGGCGUCUGGUGUCACAGGUGAAAGAAUUCUCGGACGAGCUAUGGACCAGGCUAAAACUUUCUUUAAUAUUUUUAUACUUAAGUCUCUUUUCCUGCCUCUCCCCAAAGAAGAGCCACUGGCCUUAGUUGUUUGAGCUUACUGUUUAUCCGACAGCAUGUACAUAGAUGACUAGAGAUUACAGUUUUAUUAACCAGCAUGUUCGGUGUAUUCUGAGUGAGUGGUUGGGGGCCGUGUGUCUGUUGACACACGCAGCCUCGUGUUCUCGUACCUGCUCCCGGUGCGGAGAAUGGGAGGUGUGGAGUGGGAGACUAAUCUUCGGCUCCGGGCCGCCAUAGUGUGUUGGUAGUUACAUUUGAGCUUUUCUUAUUAACUUAAGUCGCAAACUGUUUUUGCAAAUAUAUCGCACUUCCCGAUUUGUUCCUGACGUGCGGUGCACUGGCUCUGUGACGGAUCAGCAGGGCCUUUGUUCUGCAAGACUAUGUUUCCUUCUGAGAAUUAUAGUGCUUUGCAAAAACAUCCAUUUGAUUCAAGAAUCAUAUACAGCAGGAGUAGCAAAAGUAGAAAAGCUUCAUUUUGGGCCUUAAUUAUUUGAAAUGUUUGGACUUUCAGUAUAAAGCCAUGUAGGUUAUAAAGCCAAGUCACCAUUUGGCAUGGAUAAUAAUAUCUACUCUGCAGAGAGUGUAUAUGCGCAUUAAUUUUUAAUGCCAUUAGCAUACUUUUUUAAGCUAUAGAAACAAGAGUAAUUAGACCAAAUGAAAGGUGGGGGUGGGGGUGUGUGUGAGCUAGUCACCUUUCCUUUGGGGGUAGAAAUGCAUGUGCUCUGUCCUCUGCUUUGUCCCAGUAGGUGUGUAAGGGGAAAGGGUCACAUAUCUAGGCUUCUCACACACAUGUAUGCACACAUAGUGAGUGUUCUAAGUUCCACAAACCGGAGACACCAAGGCCAGAGCGCUCUAAAGAAGUGAUGCACAGAGGGGGUGGAGAUUGCCUGACAGGAAUGUGUUUCCAGGGCAGGGAGGAGUUCGAGCUCUAGUGUGUGAUUUCGAGGUGCACUACAUCUUAACAAAUGAGGGGAUACACAUCGCGUCCUUUCUGGCAGACCACCACAUUGAUGGCUUGCUUGUCAUUCACAAGCAGCCACUCUCCAGAGUUCCCCCAGUGGCUGGGGGAAGUUCCAGAAGGCUGGUGUGCGCCAUUUUCCAGGCGGCAUUGCUGCCUGUUCUGGAGAUCACGUGCAAACGGAGAGGCGACGAAGCACUCUCCCUGGCAGCACUGUGUGCUCGUCCACUCUCCACUCGGCGCUGCCCUGCUGCGAGAGAGCUCAGACUGAAGGUUGCCAAACAGUUAGUUGUGCACUUUUCCGUCAGCAACCACGAGAAGGAACCUAGCUAAAACAUGUUUCCCUUUGCAGGGUAGAGCGCUAACCUCCUAUGUAUAGUGUUGUGAAAUAAGCACCUUAACUUCAAUUCCUGAAAAUGUUGGUUAAUGGAGAGAAUUUUGGAGUUUCACUGAUUAUUUCCCUGCGAGCCUGCCUUGGUAAGCCACCAGACCCGAAGUCCCGGCCACACGCUCAGUGAAGGGCAGCACCUCAGGUCUGAGGCUCCUCACCCGGGCCCCUGAUGCCGGGGCCACGGAGGGUGGCAACGUGUUCUCUCUGCAAAGAGGAGCUUCGCCUGGCCUUCCACUCCACACCCUGGGCUUCACAGGCUCCUUUAGGGAUCCAGCUGUCCUAGUGGGCUGACCCUGCUGAGGCCAGAUGUCAACUUUGAGAGGGACUGAGUCACUGGGGGUGGUGACACGUGACAAUGGCAUAAAGAUAAUUCUCAGAUGGAAGCCAAGACCAGAUAUUUUUGCUUUUGCACCCAGAUUUCUGGAAAUGGAAAACCUUCCAUUUCUGCAGGGAGGGUCAAGGAACACGAAGCUCACUGCCUAGCCACGCUGCUCAGUCCAGGGGAGAGCUGUCGGGUAAAGGCCUGAAUGCCUCCCCGCAUUCUCUUCUACCUCAAGUCGUGGGAGCCCGUGUCUGGAACAGCAGUCCACCCAGUGGAGCGCUGAUGCUGUCAGCCUUGAUGGCUGGACGACAGGCAGAGGGGAGGGAGUUUGUAUCCUCAAAUAACACGAGUGUAUACAUGUAAAGCAAGCUUUUGACUUUCUGACCUGUUCACUGGACUCGAUUCACUGUGGCUCAAACGAACUGGCAGUGUGGAACAUUCCUUUACCUUCAAAGUUUUCUCCACCAAUCAUUUCAGUUUCAUUGCAGUCCUGGUGCCAUAUGUCCCUGCAAAUUGUGAAAGUAAUUAGUGACAAAGUAGCAGCCUCCUCCUUUUCAGUGGCCAAACUCUCAGCGUCAGCAGACCGGGGUCCGCUAGUGGUACCAAACCCUGUUCCUCGUCACCACCCACGAGACUUGAGACAGGCCGUCUCCUAGAAAAUGGGGGCGUUUGUGGUGGUCAGCUUUUGAAUGGAACAGUAAUUUAUGUGGAUAUUGUUAAAGUGUUUAAAACUAUUUUGAAAAUUAAGUUUACAUUUUACAGUUGCUUUAUUUUGUAUUAAACGAGCUGUACGUGAAGAUUACAGUUCGCCGUGUUGCAGUACCUGAACCGCGUGGCCCUCGCCUGGUGGCAUCGGCGCUGUGGGGUACACAGCGCACUUCCCUAGUGUGUAAAUGUUCACGAGUGGAACUGUUCCUGUGUUUUUACAAGUUGGGGGUGAUUUGUUGUUUUACGACAACAAAAUUUAUUGCAUUGAAAUGGUUUUUACGUGAUAGAAAUCAUGCGAAAUAGUGAAGGAUUUAAAGUAUGUAUAUGAUACAUGUAAAUGUCCAAACUUUAGAAAGAAAUAAAACUGACAAAUUUCAA